CAUCCGUAGGAGCCGUCAGAGCAGAUUUUUGCAGCGGACCGAGACCCUGGGUCAGGGGUCAGAGGCUGAGGGAGCCCGGGCAGGCAGCAGCGCUCCCCAGCAGGCACAGCCUGUGUGGUAGCCCCAGUGAUGGGCCCAGGCCGUGGGGUGCGAGGUCUGUGGGAAGGCACGGCCCUUGUGAAACAGUCGCCUCAGGGGAAGAACGACGAGCUGCCUGGCGCACGAGCUAUUCCCUCCCCGCGUACCCGUGAGACAACGGCAGGCCCGUACUGCCAGGCAAAGAAGCAGCUGUUUCCCUAGAAGUGCCAGAUACGUACACCAGCGUGUGCAUAAAUCCCUGUGAGGGGUACCCCGGGCCCUACCCGCGCAGCCGUCCGGCGGGGGCUGCCCGCGGUGCUCCGAGCGCUGCUCCGGCCUUCGCCUCGGCAGCGGCCGCCAGAGGCUGCCCGCGGGCUGCUGCCCCGGCCGAGGGCCCGCCGAGCCGAGCCGAGCCGCGGCACCGGCCCACGCCGCCUCAGCCGUGGGCACCGCCCCCGCCCCGCCCCGCCGCCGCCUCCCGCCCUCCGCGCAGUCUCGCGGUGUCCGGGGAAGUCUCGCCUCGCGCCGCGCCUCUCGCGGGAGCAGCCGGCCAAGAUGGCGGCGGCGCCGGGUCGUUGAGCGGGGCCCCGCGGGCGGGCAGGCGGCUCCUCGGCGCGGCGGGCUCCGGGUGCUUCUGGCGGGGGAUGCCGACGGGACGGGACUCGCCGCCGCGGCUCUGAGCGCAUCGACCCUCCGGCUGCGGCGAGCCUUCCCGGCGGGGCCCCGCCACCCGCGGGGCCGCCGCUGGCGAUGACCGGAGAGAAGCUGCGCUCGCUGCGCAGGGACCACAAGCCCAGCAAGGAGGACGGGGACCUGCUGGCGCCCGGCGAGGAGGAGGCGGCCGCCGCGCCCGGAGGCAUCUUCACCGGGGGACGCGGGAGCAGCGGCAAGGGCGGCCGGGCCGGGGGCCACCGCAUCUUCAGCAACCACCACCACCGGCUGCCGCUGAAGGGAGGGCCGGCGGCCGGCGGGACGGGCCCCCCCGCCGAGCCCGACAAGUGCCCGGCGCACUUCCCCGUGCACGAGUGCGUCUUCAAGGGGGACGUGAGGCGGCUCUCGGCCCUCAUCCGCACCCAGGGCAUCGGCCAGAAGGACAGCCACGGAAACACUCCUUUACAUCUUGCUGUGAUGUUGGGACAUAAAGAAUGUGCCCACUUGCUUUUAGCCCAUAAUGCUCCCGUAAAGGUGAAAAAUGCUCAGGGAUGGAGCCCUCUUGCAGAAGCCAUCAGCUAUGGAGACAGACAAAUGAUUACAGCACUCCUAAGGAAGCUUAAACAGCAGUCCAGGGAAAGUGUUGAAGAAAAGCGACCUCGAUUAUUAAAAGCCCUGAAAGAGCUAGGUGACUUCUAUCUAGAGCUUCACUGGGAUUUUCAAAGUUGGGUGCCUUUACUUUCCCGAAUUCUGCCUUCUGAUGCAUGUAAAAUACACAAACAAGGUAUAAAUAUCAGGCUGGACACAACUCUCAUAGACUUUACCGACAUGAAGUGCCAACGAGGGGAUUUAAGCUUCAUUUUUAAUGGUGAUGCCGCACCCUCUGAAUCUUUUGUAGUUUUAGACAAUGAACAAAAAGUUUACCAGCGAAUACAUCAUGAGGAAUCUGAGAUGGAAACAGAAGAAGAGGUUGACAUUUUGAUGAGCAGUGAUAUUUACUCUGCAACAUUAUCAACCAAAUCAAUUACCUUCACACGUGCCCAAACGGGAUGGCUUUUUCGAGAAGACAAAACAGAAAGAGUAGGAAACUUUUUGGCAGAUUUCUACUUGGUUAAUGGACUUGUAUUAGAAUCAAGGAAAAGAAGAGAACAUCUCAGUGAGGAGGAUAUUCUUCGAAAUAAAGCUAUCAUGGAGAGCCUGAGUAAAGGUGGCAACUUAAUGGAACAAAAUUUUGAGCCUGUCAGACGGCAGUCACUCACUCCGCCAUCGCCCAACACCAUUACCUGGGAAGAGUACAUAUCUGCUGAAAAUGGGAAAGCUCCUCAUCUGGGUAGAGAGCUGGUCUGCAAGGAAAGCAAGAAAACCUUUAAAGCCACGAUAGCUAUGAGCCAGGAAUUUCCCUUAGGAAUUGAAUCAUUGUUGAAUGUUUUAGAAGUAAUUGCACCCUUCAAGCACUUUAACAAACUUAGAGAAUUUGUUCAAAUGAAGCUUCCACCAGGUUUUCCUGUAAAAUUAGAUAUUCCUGUAUUUCCCACCAUCACAGCCACUGUGACUUUUCAGGAGUUCCGUUACGAUGAAUUUGAUGAAUCCAUCUUCACUAUUCCUGAUGACUACAAGGAGGACCCCAGCCGUUUUCCUGAUCUCUAACUAAACUGGAAGGUUAAUGGUGAAUAACAAUACCAGCGUACCACAGUGGAAGGAAACGGAUGCAAAUAGCCCACAGAUAGAGAUAGAGAAGUGGGUCGUAAGGGAAGGGAUAAACUUAACAAUCCAGAAGAAAAGGGAACACGCAUCAAAUGGCCGAUGUACUGAUACUCACUGUAAUGGGCAUCUAAUCUUGUUCUGAUUUACAGCAAGUCUCCUGGUGUGUCGUUCACACUUUUAUACAUCCAGUACUGCAAGCGGUAGCCUGACACCUCGAUGACCCUGAGAAUACUUAACAGCUGUGAGGACUAUCAUGCGUUUUUAAAUUUUUUACAUUUCUUGGUGAUACAAAAAAAGCACUCUUGGACCAUUAGCGUAAAAGUUGAAAUGUCUUAGCUGGAAAUUCACCCUAUAAAACGUCCCACCAUACUUAAGAUGACCACAUUAUAUUCUUUCAGGCUUUGUUUUCAUGAAUUGUAAACUAUGUAUCAUUAUGUAUAGUUCAGUAAUUUGAAUGUUAGUUGAACGUAUAUUAGAAGGAAUGCAUUUUCUGUAGCUGAAUGAACCAAAUGGGAACCAUUCAUUGCAUUUUCGUACCGCAGUACACUUCAGAAACGGCAUUUGCUCUGCAGGGAAUCAGGUCCCUCCCGUCACACCUUAGUGCGGUCCAUGGUGGUGCUGCCCGCGUCUCUGAACCGGUCGUUUCUCCAUGGAGCUGUUUGCUCAUCUUCCUUUCAUCGGCUCUGCGCUUAACAGCUCUUCAGCCUAGUGGCUUGGAAGUCCCUGCUGUGCCCGUGAUGCUGUGUUGAUUAACGUGCUCGGGGGUUCGUUAGCUAGAAAUUGGCACUUUUUUCUCCUUUUUUCACGUUCACUUAGGAGACUUGCUCCAUAACGGUUGAGCAUCAACUGGGUUAUCUUGUAUUUGUAUUCAGCAGCCGCUCGAAAAUGUGGGAUGCGUAUAAAGAGUUACGAGAACAGUAAGCUCAAGCAUUAAAUCUUCGUAUAAGAAGAAGUUCCUCUUGAAGUUAGUUUAAUUGUAGUGCACAUUGAAUAGGGCUCACAUUGGAAGAUUUUUAUUUGCAAAUGCUUAGAUGUUUCCAGAUUAAUUUCCUUCCUCUUAAUAUUUUGAGUAGGUAGGCAUUUCAGUACUCUGGCUUCUUGAGCUGCUUCUCAUUCCACAUGGUUCCAGUCUCCUAAUUUGACAAUAAUCCAGCUUUUUGGUUUGUUAGAAAGAACUUGUGCAAAAGGCUAAUGGUGCUAUUUGUUUGUAUUAAGAAAUUUAGAUUAAAGUGCUGUGGUGUAAUUGUACAAAAAUGUAAAUAUUUUCAAAAUUAUAUUCUUUGUGCACUGUAGUUAAAACUUUUUCUGGAAAUCAAUAGAGUUAAGUAUCAAACUUUAUAAUAAAGAGUACCAUCGAUGCUUAGUAAAGGUAACCACCCUAACUACCCGUGCAGGUGAUAACUGGAGAUGGCUUAUCACAAGGCAAUACAAGCCGACGUGUCAGGCACAGCGACAGAACGUGGAAACACGAGUCUGAAGCAGACGUUCUUUCCAGGCUUCUGGAACCCAUCUGUAAAACCCCAGGGCUGCUCCAGAGACAUGCAGUAUCCACUCUGUAAGCAGAGUCCCAGGGAAUCGCUGUCGGCAAAGUAUGAACUGGGAGUAGGGAGUUGAGGUUGAUCCUCCUCCGGCAUCGCUACAAACCUGCGGCUUUGACAGGUGAGUAGCAUUUACUUUGCAGACUGCGAUCGAUACACUGGAGUUACUCAAAUCGAACGAAAAUAAAACGGUAGGGGGAAAAAGCAAAGGGAAAUGUAGCACUGUCAUUACUUUCGAAGUACUGUAUCAGUAGCAGAUGUCGAACAUUCGGUAGGAAUGAUAGAACUUGUUCUUCCAAGUAAUUAUGAAUUCCUCAAGUGUUUUACAUCGAUGGUAUAAAUUGACACCCACCUCAUGCUGCUCCUCAGAAACAGCCGAGAUCCUUCCCGUGAGAGACCAGGGUGGAACGUGCGUGGGGACUGAAUUACGCUCUCGGUGCUGAGGGCGUGGGGCCAAGCCCGGAUUUCUCCUGUCGCCCGCCUCUGCAGGUGCCCGUUGCAGGUAGAAUGUUUUGUGUGCUGCUGGAUCGGCUCAUGCCGGGCGGGAAACCGCAGUGAGCGCAGGCGCCGUGCAGGGCUGCCGAGCGGCUUGGCAAUCUCGGCAAAUGCCGAAGAACAUUUCUCCGUGAGGCGAAUGUUAGAAAUCCUUUGGCUCAGUGUGGCAGGGAAAGAACCGUGUUUCAUAUUUGCUGUUUUGGUUAUUCCAAGUUCCCGUCGCAGAGCUUGCUGACGUAGGAAGGAGCACGCGGAGCCGGAGCGGUGUGGUUUGGGCAGUACAGCCCUGCGACGGGCUGGGUUCCAGACUGCGAAGAGAAGCAGCGAGGCUGUCGUAGCGUCGCAGGGCAGGGAGGGUUCUGCCCAGCCCUGCCUGUAGAGCAGCCCGCGGCGGCUGCUGGUGGCCGAGGUGUCGGGCGCCAGGGCUGCUGCGGUUUGCGGAAACGUUCUCUGUCAUUUCCAUGGACUCGGGUUGCGGAUUUUGUGGGUUUUUUAACCUUCAUGAUUACACAACUAACAACUUUGAUACAUUUUAAGAUUUGCAGAAACUUUUUAUAGUGGGUUGCUAUAUUGAGGCUUGCUCUCGUUCGGAGUGUCAGCAGAGAGCAGUGGACACAGGUUUGGCUGACUGUAGUCGGUUUAGAUUCUUACGGUGAACAAACCCUGCUACUUUUCUUCUUACGAUGGAGCCGACCGCUCCAACCAGAUCGUCCUUUCCAGUUCAGCCGCUGUUGCCGGAUUCCUGUAACAGCCUCCUGAAGUCCGACUGGGUGAACUCUUCCUCGGUACAUUUCCUUCCAACUUUUGGUGAUGUGUUUUCUGCCUGAAACAUUCCUAGUGAUGCGUUUUGAAACCUAAACCACAGGGACGCUUGGGGCGUGGUUUCCUGAUGGAUACGCUGCGAGCCGCAGGAAUCCUCGUUAGCGAGAGGGCCGUUAGGCUGAGCCUACGUUGGGGACUCACGUCCUGGCACGACUGUAGCAAUCCACAGGCGCGGAGCGUGCUCCUGGCAGCCGCGCCGGGGCCGUGCUGUCCUGGUGGCUGUCCGCACCGAUAGUCCUGUUUUAUCCACUGUAACUUGUUUUGCUUGCGAGGGUGUUUGCGUUGUCCUGACGUGAGGUGCGCCGUGUCGGUACGGGGGUGUCGGCGCAGCAGCUGCGCAUGGGAGAAGUGUUUCGAGUACAGAGGGACCGUGGUGCGCAGCCGUGCUGUGGGCGCCGGGGUCCUUCACCCCUCAUGAUCUCCCGUUCAGAGCUUUGGGAAACAUUUUUUUUCUAGCGGGGUUGAUCUAGCAGAAUCGGUUUUGGUUUUUUUCCCUGCUCUUUUCCUGAAGGCCGCGUUGGGCGUUAAGGGAAGGUUCGGGCCCCCCCCCCCCCCCGUAGAGCGAGCGGUUGUACAGAGGUGGUCUCGUCGGUGCUGCGCAGCAAGCAGCGUGUAGCUCUAACUCGUUGACGGGACUCGUGCGCGCGCAGGGGCUUCCAUUGCAAGGAGAUGUAAGGACGGCUGGGCGGCUAAACGGCCUCUGCGGGCAGCCCAGCCGAGGUGGAGCGGUUCCUGGUUAACACGAGCGGGGUGAAGAAGGGAGCUCACGCAGGGCCGGCCUCGCCGUGCGGGUGCACGCGGUGGUGGUCACUGAGGGGAAGCGGAGCGGGGGGCAGGAGGAACCGUCGGCCCGGGGCUCGGGGAGAGGCCGCAGCUCCGUUCAGGGCGUUGCUGCUCUCUGAGCUCACCCCUUCUUGUUUCUGAUGGCCGUGAGGGUUUUGUAUGACAAAGUAUUAAAAGACAGCCAUUAAUUUUGGUAAACUGAAAUAAGAAAUUGUUGCAAAGGAAUUCCUAGGGUUGUUUCUUAACCAAACUGUCUUACUGGUCUUCCAAAAUAUUGCUUUAAUUUGUGGCAAAGGGAAUGCGUUUUCUUUUUCCUUCUGAGGAGCUGCUGUUCCAGUCACUGUACUCACUUUACUGCAAUUCUUGAGUUACGUAUUGAAACGAUUUGUUACGAAAAACUCUGGAUAUAUUUGUGCUGGAAACCCACCUUGUUAAGUUGAUAUUCGAAGCAACUGUCUGUUUUUUUAAAUGUAUUUGUUCUUGAUUUGUAAUUCAUGCAAAGAUAACUGCAUUAUUUAAUCUGUAUUAACAAAUUUCCUGUAAUGCUGCAGUUUCACAUUUAUUUUCCUUACAAUUUGUAAUUAUGAUGGAAACAAUGUCACUUUUUGCAUUUUACUGGUUGUCUGGUCCAUGUUUUUAACUGACCUUCACUGAUAGUAAUUUUUGGUUGUAUCAUUUGUUAGAAUAAAGACCAAAAUACGCUGUUUGAUUCUGAAA